AUGUUCGAACAUGGUAUUCUUCGAAUUCCAGGUGCUCGACCUUUUCGUCGAUCUUCUAAGCACGAAAUUCAAGUCAGAGAGCAAUCCUGAGACAACAGAUUCCACCUCGAAAAAAUUCCAGAUUAUGAUGCAGUCCGAGAUAAGCACAUACAAAUCCACAUAGCCACAAACCAUAGGAAAAAAAUCAUCCUGGCGCCUGGAAAAAUAAAAAAAGCAAAAGAAAUCCCAAAUCGAAUUAUCAAAUCCAGCUCAAAUAAAGGAAUUGCUGGAGGGAGGCCGCCAGUGCUGAGAGGACAAAUCUUUAAAAAAUUAACAGAUAACCUAGUAGAGCUCUGGGAAGAAAAAGGCAUUCCUGAGCACCAACAAAAGCUAUUUUUAUCAGCAAUUGAAGAUCUGCCACUAAAACAAAAAGCAGGAGCAAUGGCUAAAGAAAUUGAUGACACGAAUAACAAUAAAAGCAUCCUGGUGCAUGCCAUAAAAACCAUCAAUGCAAGAGAACAAGCUUUAAAUGACCUCAAAAUUUUUAGUCAAAAAGAAAGAAAUUCAAUUUCCCGACAAGAAGUAGCUGACAGACUGUCAAAUUUGAGGACACUUUCUUUAAAUGCGGUAGAGUUAAUACAAAACUGAAGGGAAAAAUUGGCGAAUUUUAACCAAAAUUAUUCGCCAGCGAAAAUCCAAUUUAUGAUCAAUAAUGAAAAUUAUUUGAUCAAAAUGAAGACGGAUACCAUUUAUCUUGCAAAUACCAUAAUUGCAGACUUAAUUUAUUCUAUUUUAGAAAAUAAUGCAUAAAUAGCCUGCAAAGGUAAAUAAAUAUUUAAUUUAUUUAUAAGGGAAUACAUUUCAAAUAAAUCAGACCCCUUUUUUGUAUAUGCGAGCUCUAUCUCUAUGGGGAAAAUGAAAUCCCCGAAAAAAAUCGAGCUGCCAAUUGCAAAUUCUUUAUUAAGCAGAAUCAGAAAAUGCGAGAUGAUUUUAUUAGAAGAAGGAGUAUCAGCUGCACCUGUAAGAGAAACCUUAUUUGAUUUGAGGAAAAAGUCAAGCAUAUUUAAUAAUGAGCCUCAUAUAGUAAGCUCUGAUAAAGAAAAUGAUAUAUCAAAAAGCUCAAGAAGAAGCUCUGCCCGAGGUAGAAAUAGAUCUCACAGAUCUAUAUUUUCCAGGGAUCAGAGUGGAAAUGCAUCUCCUGAAGAGUCAAAAAUCCAUGUUUUGCAAGCUGAAACACCAUUGAUUAUUGAGCCACAGCAAGCUUUAACUGAAAGGCUGAUUAUUGACCCAUUGUCUGGUAAUAAUAUAGAAGAGCAGAUAGCUAGCUACUCAGUUAAAGUCCCAGAAAACUUAAAAGAAGCCUUAGGAAAUCCUGAAAACGCGUAUACAAAUUCUCAAAGUUUAAGAUUCCCUGCUUAUCUUUGGAUAAAGCAGAAUCAAAACAUUAAAGGUUUCGUCAUUUUAUAACUCUUCAUAUUAAAUUGUUGAUAAAAUAAUAAUGCUUUUAUUAUUUUUAUUAUUAAUUUAAUAUAGCUUAAAUUUAGAAAACCAAAAAUCAGUACAAAAAAGGCUCAUGAUUUCACACAUUUCAGCAGAAUCCUUACCAAUUUUUAGGGGGAAUAAAAUGGUGACUUGACAGAAUUGGUCUCUGAGGUGCAAUUCUAUGGAGCAGGCAGGAAGCGUACUAAUGAAGCUGAAAAAAGCGUCUCUUUUCCUUUUUUAAGUAGGCCUUCAGACUUGAAGAUGAAGAGGGAAGUUUUGUUUCCUCGAAGGCUUUCCUAUCCCUGCCAGAUGGACUAGACAGGCUUUGCUUCUCACAUAGCCUUGGUCUAUCGGGACUAUUGGGGCACCCGACAGAGUAGCUCUAACUUAGGGAGCUAAUCCUUAUGUUAGGUGAUUUUUACCAGAAAAUUCAAGAGGUUGAAUUUUGGUUUGGCUUGCAUUAUUUGCACUCUGGUGUAUAAGCAUCCAGCGUAGGCUACUUUUCCUGGACUCAAGGUAUUCCAGCUAGUAGGAAUUAUGCCCACGCAACAUUUUAAUCUUUACCAAUUUUUGGAGAAAUUUUGAAUAUGAUAGUAGAGUAUAUUUGGGAAAAUUACCCAUGCAUCGAAAUCAGAAGUGGAAUGAUAUCUAAAGUUAAUGAACAAGGAAAAUAUGAGGCUGAUAAGUCAAUUAAAGAGCAUUUUGAUAAGUUAGGAUUUAGAUGGAAACAGAUGAUUUACACAGGCGAUAAAACGCCUUUACAGUUGCUAGGACUAAGAAGGCCUGAAAGUAUUGUGUGUGCUGAAAAUUUGCCAGCAAAGCAGCUAUUCGGAGACUGCAUAGAAAUUGCUUAUGCAUGUGCUGCACAAAUUUCAAAUAAUUCAAGAAAUAUUCCUACGCAUAGCCCGUAUUUCAGCUUAAUAGGGAUUUCUUGCGCACUUCGUGCGCUUGGCCAAUUUUCAUCAGAAACUGAGCUAGGUCACAAGGUCCAAGAUUUAAUAGGAAAAAUGCCAGCCACAUGGGUGCCUCCUGCAUUUAGAUUUAGAAAAGAGAAAUAUGAAGGUGCUUUAAAUGACAUAAAGUCUAUAGGCCUAAAUUUAACUGAUUUCAAAGAAGACUCAGAGACCUCAGUAUCAUGCUCGGCAUUAGGCCUUUCCUGGCCUAAAUAUAUGACAUCAAUUAUUAAUGGGAUUUCAUACACGCGCAUAUACCAAACACAAAUAAAUAUAAUGAAAUCAGAAAAUCUAUUAGUAAGCUCUUUUAGGCCAAUUAUUGUAUUUUUUAUAAAAAUAAAUGCCUUUAUUUUACUAAAAAUUAAAAAAUUUAAUUUUUUUUUAUAGUAAAAAUAAUAGAAAAUCAAUAUAUAUAUUGUCCCUACUGAAGACCCAAAUUUUAGUGCAUUUUUUAUACCAUGCUCGGAAAGAGAUGGAGGCAUGGCUUUUAAUUAUGCUAAAGAAGUAUUAACAAAAAUUACAAAAGUGCAAGAUGUAAAAGAAGAAAUAUGGAUUCCUUCUUUUACAGUUGAAGAAAUAAAAUGGUGAAGUUGACAGAGAAGAUAAGACAAAUCCUGAGGUACUGAAGAUGAGUGCAUAUCAUUAGUAGGUCCUAAGGCUUGGAGAAACCUUGCAUAUAGGAAGGUUUUUUAUUUGUUGAAGGUUUUCCUGUUAGACAGGUUUUCACUAAUUAAUCUUUUCUUAAUCGAGAUCAUCGCAGCACUAACUAGACUGUAGCUCUGCAUUAGGUUUUAAUCCUUUGGGCUGGUGGUUCUGGGGGCAGAAAUCUAAAAGGGUGAAGCGUCUAGACUAUUUCUCAUUUCAUACUGAGUGUAUGAUGGAGACUUACCCCAAUGGAGUAAGACGAGACAUAUGGUCUGUAUUUAAGCAUUUAUGUUCAGAACUUAGCAAAUUAACUAACCACUUGUUCUUACUGGGGCGAUUCUAGAGAAUUCCCUAUAACUUCUUUUACAGUUUGCUUUUGAAAAUAAAAUUGGAGAAGUUAUAAACUCGAAAUCAUCAGAGUUUAGCAUAUCUUCAUGCAGUGAAAUUGUGAAUUUGAAGUUUUUGUCACCUUUGCAUCCUAAAGGAUCAAUUAUUAUUAGUCCUGAUCCUGGAGUUUUGGUACUGAAUGAAGCUUUUGUAUUUGGGAUUAUGCACAGUAAAGUAGAUGAAAUGCUUGAAGUUCCUUUGUUUGUCACAUUUGUUAGCCGAAGGGAUUUUUCUAAAGCGAUUUAG